AUGAGCGUUCACGUGAUGAUCAAUGAUGACAAAUCGACUCCAUGGGAAGAUAUCAUUGAUGACAUAGAGAAUGACCUUGAUGAAAAUAUGAUGGGAGCAAAAACUUCAGUUCAGAUCAAACUUGGUGAAGUUCAAGAAAAGAUCUCUAAGACUGAAGCAAAAUUAAAAGCUCUUACAGAGGUUGACGUUUAUUACAGAAGUUUGGAAAGAACAUUAAACAAACUUGAACGACAAAGUCAAAGUCUCAUCAUUGUUCUUCAGAAACUCAAUCUUAUGCGACAAUCAUACAAUGAUUACAUACAUGUUAGAGACUUACCAUCAUAUUCUACUCCGGAGGUAGAUUUUUCAGAUAUUACCCCAAUCCUUGCUGAUACAACCCUUACGAUAGUAGGCAUGCUUCCCACAUACCCAGAGUAUGAUAACUUACCACAGCUCUUUGAGUAUCUCAAGAAGAAGUUCAUGAUCUUACUUUGCGAGACCAUGAAAGGGAGACAAAACACCAGAACAGAACGAGAACAAAGCUUAUUAAUUGACUUAUUAUAUCAUACUAAAGAUAUAAAGGAGUUUUUAUUCUAA